AUGCCCGCCGCCACAGCAACACCCCCUCUAUCCAGCCUUCCCAAACCACCACACCCAGCCCUCGCCACGGACGUCCUCUCCACCCCAUCCUUCGACGAGAAACAAUGGAAACGCGCCCAAAUAGCAGCCUCCCACGCCUUCCAAAAGUCAACAAAGGCCGCAGCAGCCCCAUCAAUAGCGCCCAGCCACCCACCCGCAACCUCAGUCCUCCUCCAAGGCAAGCCCCGUCUCGCCACAACCUCCCUCUUCCUCUUCCCCGACGGCUCCGGCUCCGCCGCCUCCUACACCCACCUCCCACUCAUCUCCCCCUCCCUCGUCGUCUACGGCCUCAACUGCCCCUACCUCAAGACCCCACAGAACUGGAAAUGUGGUCCACAACAUCUUACGCCACUGUACAUCUCCGAGAUCCAACGUCGUCAGCCGCGCGGGCCGUACUUUCUCGGCGGGUAUUCCACCGGCGGGAUUGCAGCGUUCGAUGCUGCGCAGGCGCUAGAGCGGAUGGGUGAGAAGGUCGAACGGUUGAUCCUCAUCGAUACGCCCUGUCCAAUUCACAUUCAGCGCUUACCCUCACGCCUCAUGACAUACCUCAAAUCAACGCAAAUCUUCGACUCCCGAGGCCGGCAGCCUCCGGAUUGGGUCUUCGAGCACUUCGAAGCCAACACCGCCAAUCUCCAAAAAUACCGCGCAAGACCAUGUGAAGCGUACCGGGAGCCGAGUACGUACAUCAUCAAUGCCGGACAAGGCGUUCUAGAAGGGGUGGAGAAGAAGUCUGGAGUGGAAGUGAUGGAGAUUUUCGAGGAUGAUUCUAAGGAGAUGAAGUGGGUUUUGGGGAAGAGGGAUGAUUUUGGGCCGAUGGGGUGGGAGAAGUUGUUGAAUGGGGAGGAUAUACAUGUGGAGGUUGCGGCGGGGAGAGUGGCGGGGUGUUUGGCGAGGGCGAUGGGGGUGUGA